UUUACUUUGUUUUGCGAUUGGUUCCUUUUUUUGAACCAACGAACGAACAUCCAUGGCGCUCGUAAUCCCUGUUGGGUGCGCAGGACUGAGCGCGUCACUUCCCGCGUACGUUAGACAUCGCCGCCGAGCCACUUCUAUUGCUACUACUACUUUCGCCACUCUAUCACCACUUCGCUGCGGCGAAGCGGCGGUGGAUUGGGCGGAGGCGACAUCCAGCUUCUUCGAGAAAGACACUCGACCUAUCAUGUUAUUCGACGGUGUAUGCAACUUGUGUAAUGGAGGUGUGAAGUUUGUUCGAGACAAUGACAGGAAAAGGAAUAUAAGAUUUGAAGCUCUACAGAGUGAAGCAGGGAAAAAACUUCUAAGGAGAUCUGGAAGAGCUCCUGACGAUAUUUCAAGUGUUGUACUUGUUGAAAAGCAAAGAUCAUAUAUUAAGUCAGAAGCUGUACUGAAGAUCAUGGAAUACAUAGAUUUACCCUUCCCUCAACUUGCUAUUUUUCUACAUUUUGUUCCUCUUUUCAUACGUGAUUUUGUAUACGACAAUGUCGCAAACAAUCGUUAUACAUUCUUUGGUCGCUCAGAUUCAUGUGAGAUAUAAUACAUUCAAGGAUUGUGUUCUUUAGACUUUCAUAUUUGGAAAUUUGGAAUUCAGGAGUUCUAUUGUUGUAACUAAAAUCAGGUACAAAAAGAUUUGGCAUUAUGAUGCUUGUUGAUUUAUGUUAGCAUUAGUGUAUAGUAUAUAGUAUAUACAUAACUUUCAAACAA